AUGUCGCAAAACUUCCUUAAUAUAGAGCAGAGAUGGGAGGGGAAGUUUCCGGUCCUCGCGGUGGAUGCCCCCAGAGGACCGUCUUCAAGCAGUCCCCCAGGGAUAGACUGGAGCCAGUGGUGGACCUACGAUGGCAUCUCAGGGCCCAGGUUCUGGGGGGUCAUCAACCCGGCCUGGGGCAUGUGUAGGGAAGGUCGCCGUCAGUCACCCAUCAACGUCGACCCCAAGACGCUGCUCUUCGACCCUAACCUCACGCCCUUCACCCUCGACAAGGUCACGGUGGGCGGGGAGCUGGUCAACACGGGCCACAGCGUGGAGUGGAGGGCGGCCCAGAACGCCCACGCCGUCAACGUGACGGGCGGCCCCCUCAGCUACGCCUACACCGUCACCCACGCCAGACUCCACUUCGGAGAGAGGGACCAGCAGGGCUCCGAGCAUCUCCUCGACAACAAGGCCUUCCCAGCAGAGCUUCAGCUCUACGGCUACAACUCGCAGCUCUAUCGUAACUUCAGCCAGGCCUCAGCCCAGGUGUACGGUGUGGUGGGGAUCGCUCUCCUAAUACAGGUCGGUGAGAGGAUGUCCCCGGAGCUGCGGGUCCUGCUGGAGGGCCUUGACACCAUCACCUACGGCGGUGAGUCCUUCACUCGGAGGUCCUGUGGGUCGUCGGUGACGGCGGCGUCGCUGGUGGUGAGCGGGUUGCUGCCGUCCACAGAGCACUACCUCACCUACGAGGGCUCCCUCACCGAGCCUGCCUGCCACGAGACCGUCACCUGGAUCAUACCCAACAAGCCUCUCUACAUCAACGUUGCCAUGAGCCCCCUCAACCCCGCCAAGUUUCCCCUCGUCACUCUGACCCACUCCAGUCUUCAUGGGUUUUUACCCCUUGAAGCCCAGACUCGAGCACACGCACUUUGCAACUCCUGGAUUGGCCCCGUAAUUCCCGUCCUCACCCGCCCUUGA